CCUCGCCACGAGCACUUCCACACGAAAUUGUCCACCAUUGCGCCUUCACAAUGUCGAACGUCGAGCAGCGGCCGUUCGUGCCAGCGAAGAAAGUCAACACUGCCUAUCCUCUCAUCGACUCUGAUCCACAUGUCAAGCGUGUAUUGGCCUACACUCGCCCGUCGGAUUAUGCCACGGGAGCUGUGGUCGCCGCUGCCGGGCCCGGCCUGAUGCUCACAUGGGAGAAAAUUGCCCCAUCGUACGUCGGCAAAAGUGGUUUUGCGCCGGUUAUGCGCCUGGCUGGGUUUGUUGGGCUUACCGCUGGUUUCCUCACGAUGUACCAGCGCUCCAUUCUUCGCUUCUACGGCUUCAGCGAGAACUCCCGUGAGAUCGAGAGGGACAUGACGGAGAUGGUUUCGAAAGUCAAGAAAGGCGAGUCCCUCUACGGCGAGAGCUCACUUACUCCAUACAUGCAGGGCGUUGCAUCCAGGAACUCGCGGUACUCUGGCGUGUUUCUGCACGUCAUGCCAUGGUUCAACUUUGUGAACCACAACCAGCACGGUGUGGAUACCGCGAAAUACUAUCAGCAAGCCGAGAGGGAAUUGGAGGCCGAGCGUUUGGGAAAGGCAGGCGGGAUCUGAUGUGUCCAUAAUUAUUUUGGGAAAAUGGAGUGAAGUUGUACAUAUCCAAUGAGAUUUCUAGACACUG